AUGAGGGUGAAGCAAAAGUACAGAGAAUAUUUCAAAAUUAACAUUGGAGAUUGUGCUUCAACUCAUAUCUGGCAUGACCCCUGGGUGCCUAAGUUGAGGGUGAACAAUGGCCUGUUGAGGAAGAGAAGAGAGUCUUAUCUGACUGUGGUUAAGGAGCUAAUAGAAGACAACGGAAGAAGUUGGAAUGUUAUUAAAUCAAGGAUAAGAUUACUUACCUGUACUCAUCCGCAGAAUAUGGCCAGAAACCCAUCUCUUGGCGUGCCGCUCAAUAAUUUGUCCGAAUUUGUGAUCCUCAGAAUACGCCCAAACUGUGCCGACUGGCAGCGACGAGUUAGACGAAAAGUGGAGGCUCGCUCUUUGGUGACGGAGGCCAGCGGUUUGACUUCUGAGGUCGGCAUCAGAAGGUCGGAUCUGAGGAUAGUAGCGGCUAGCUCGGCAUCCGGGUUUGGAUCCGAGGACGGCAGCGACGAUGUCGUCUUUUGA